AGGGGCGGACUGACCAUUCGAGCACUCGGGCAGUGCCCGAGGGCCCAGGGUCAGUAGGGGGCCCAUGAAAUGCCCCUGGUACCUUUUUUAUAGACUUUUUUGAGUGUGGGCAAGGACACAGGGGCCCCAUGAUCCCCUAUUGCCCAGGGGGCCCUAUGAGUUGUCAGUCCACCCCUGGUCUGAGCUGUCUAAGAUCAUUUCACAUUGAUAUUCACACUUCUAUUGGGCUGGGAGUGUGGCUUCUUACAUGAGGAUCUAUCACUGCAGGAUGGAUGAAUGGUAAAGCUGGCA